UGGCUACUGCGUGAUUGUGCUGUGCGCUGCAACGAUUAUGAGACUGUUUACCGUAUAGACUGGGAGUUAAUGAACAAAAAUUUUAUGAAUAGACCUGAUUGGACUUACGAUAUACAUAGAACCAGAACAACUGAUGAAAACGCAUCUGAAAAGCCAGUAAUACUUUUGACCGAAAAAGACGUUGCAUCUUGCAUUUCGAUGUCCUUUACAUUCAAUUCAUCAAAGGGAAACGUAGGCGAGCCUCUUAAGGGGCAGCUUGUUCUUCAAUCAGACUGCACCCGAAAGUCAUCCCCCAUUCACAUCAGCGAGGUCAAAAUUACCUUUGAGGGAGGCCUACCGCCGAUUAGAAUACUCGCUGAUGGCAAUGCGGCGGCUGCAUCUGGAUCCUCCCGUACCCAUGCUUCAAUAUCGCUGGGAGACGGCCAAGCUACGGCCACGUCCUCCCAGGAGAUCAAAGGCCAUGCGAAUCUAUCCCUCUCCCCGGGACAGACGCGCGCAUACACAUUGACUCUGAUACCACGAGAGGCCAGCCAUGUUCAAGUAGCAUCAAUCACUCUGAUAGUGGCAGACGACAAAUUCGACCUUUCAUAUACUACCACUAGCACUAGCAAUGACGCCUAUACACUGCCAAGAUGGUGGACCGAGAGCAAAGGCAGGGUCGUUGCAAGGCGUAUUGGCAAGGACAGACACCCUUCUCGCUGCCAGAUCCUGCCAAAGCCGCCCAAGGUGCUGAUAUCUGUACCUGGACUUCGAGACGUGUACUAUUCUGGUGAAAGAGCCGGCUUGAACAUUAGACUCGACAACAAUGAGGAUGCGGCUGCUUCAAUUGUUGUAGAACUGAAGCUUAGUGGCCGCUCAGAGUAUCCUGCAGCUAUCAGCUGGCUGGACGGCGCUGAUUCAGGCGAACAACCGGAAGAAGCUAAAGAAAUGUCUGCCUCCCAGACAACGGGAGCAGCCACGCAGACCAUCCGUCGUAAGAUCACAGGACUAGGAGCGGGCGAGCAUACCAUCCUGCCGGCCUUGGUGAUCGAGGUGCCUCAACCGAUACAAUACGACCUGGAGAUCAGUGCGUUCUACCAUCUCACCUCCGACCCCGAGACGCCAAUAUCGAAAGCCAUCUCGCUUGAUCUACCAUUUAUCCAGCCAUUUGAAGCAAACUACGACUUCUUACCACGGCUACAUCCGGCGCCGUGGCCCGAUUUCUUCCAUAUAGAUGAAUCAGGAGUCUCCAGCACGCAGCAGCGAUGGCUCGUCAGCUCCACGCUGAUGUCCUUUGCGCGGGAGACUCUUCUCAUUGAGGAUGUCAAGCUGCGGUCCAUUGCCAUCGAAGCAGGCAAAGUCUGCUCUAUCACCACUUCUUCGGAGGCUAGUAAACAGCCCGGGACCAGGAGUAUCAGACUAGAAGAUCCGCUGGCCACAGAUUUCAUGGUCGACAUUGAGCGUCUUGCUGUAGAUGACCGGCAGCAGACCGGAGUCACUUUUGAGCUGGAGGUCAAAUGGCGCCGAGACGGCCAGCAAGAUGCCUCCGAAGCAGAAACAGCCUCCCCUGAUAUAACUCUCCCCUUGGAGUCAGCAACAACUCUGCUGGCCAUCCCUCGCUUCACCAUCCCAAUGAGCGAGCCCCGCGCGCUGGCGUCCUUGGGUUCAAAAUCCAGCAGCAACGACAGUAGCAGCAGUCUACCCGGUCUGGUCCAAGUAAACUACACGCUGGAGAACCCGUCGAUGCACUUCCUGACCUUCAACCUGACGAUGGAAGCGAGUGACCAGUUCGCCUUUAGCGGGCCCAAGUCCCUGACGGUACAGCUUGUGCCGCUGAGCCGACAUACGGUGCAGUACAGCCUGCUGGCGACUCGCCGGGGCAUCUGGAUACAGCCGCAGCUGGUCGUCGUGGACUCGUACUACAACAAGACGCUGCAUGUCCUACCAACGGAGGGCAUGAGGAGCGACGCAAAGGGUAUCUUGAUCUGGGCCGACUGA